CCAGACGGUACUGUGGAGUACAGAAUUAAGUAACCGCACGACUGCCAGCUGAAAGUUUUUAGUGUCUGCUUUGGGGACAGUGGUCAUGCGCCUCAACUCGUCCGAGCGAUCUGUUUAAUUAAACUCGGAGCGUAAUUGAAUGCUAAACUCCAACUGGGAGGUGUGGACGAAGGACAGAAGAGACGCAGGAGGUGGUGCUCUGUGGCACAGGCACCACUCAGAAAGAAAACUGAUGCAUUUAACGACGUACUCGCUCCUGGUACAUGCGUAGAAAUUGAAAAACAGGCUGUCAGUUAGCAAAGUACAAGCAUUCCAUAAGAAAGACCGAACACUUUUUUUUUUUUUUUUUGUGUAACAUUACUAUCAUCAGUUUGAACGCUGUUGACAACUUUUUUUUUUCUUUUAGAAAGUGAUGGUUGGACGUUAGGAUUAUAUUGUGGUGUUAAAGCGAACGAGCAAACAGCUUGAUAUAUUUUCAUCAAUAUAUAUAUUUUUUACAUCGCCUGUGGAUAUAAAAUAAUCGGUGUUUAUUUUAUUUUAUUGACACCAUUAUUGUUGUUAUUGUUUAGAAUUGGAGCGACGAUUCAAAGAAACAAUUCUAAAAUAUAAACAAACCGGACUAGGUUUGACUGUUUUUCGUGACAGUUAAAUGUGUCGCAGAAAACAAGUUCAACCUCCUUAGCCUUUUUUUUUUUUAUCAGUGGAGAUAAAAGUACAUACAAAUAUUGUUCCGUUGUUAUUUUUAAAUGGCAAAAGAUCUCAAGCCACGACUUUGCUGCAUGUCUAAAGGAGACAAUGGCUACGGGUUCCAUCUCCACGGAGAGAAGGGUAAAAACGGGCAGUUCAUUCGGAAAGUGGAAGCCAACUCGCCGGCUGAGGCUGCGGGAAUGCACGCAGGUGACCGUGUUGUGGAGGUGAACGGCGUGAACGUGGAAAAGGAAACCCAUCACCAGGUGGUCCAGCGGAUUAAAGCCGUGGAGAAGGAGACCCGCCUGCUAGUGGUGGAUAAAGAGACGGACGAGUUGUUGCGUGGGCUGCGUCUCACCUGCACGGAGGAGAUGGCCCACAGCGGGGUGUCUGUCCCAGGACAGGCUGCCGUGAAACAGAACGGGACAGCAUGGAAACAACAGCUAGCGCUCAACAGUGAAGCGCCCAAGAGAAUGUCCAGAACACACAGCUCUGAGAGCAGGAAAAAGGAAUCUCGCAGUCAGAUGAAGGAACUUCAUCCUAGACUGUGUGUCCUGAUCCGAGGGGAGAGCGGCUAUGGAUUCAACCUUCACAGUGAGAAGUCGAAGCCAGGACAGUACAUCCGGUCAGUGGACACUGGGUCGCCAGCAGACAUAGCCGGAUUAAAGCCACAAGACAGACUAAUUGAGGUAAACGGAGUGAACAUCGAAGAUCGGAAGCACUCUGAAGUGGUCGCUUUUAUCAAAUCCAGAGGGGAUGAGGCCAGGCUGCUGGUGGUUGAUCAACAGGCAGACGAGUACUUCAAGAAACUGGGGGUAACCCCCACAGAAAGGCAUGUGAAAGACCCCCUGCCUCAACCAAUUACCAGCGGGCCCCCAAAACCACAGACUAAUGGAAGUUCAACACCAGAUUCUUCUCGCAGAGAAAUCGCCAGUCCAGAGAUUGCAACAGAGAUAAAAGAAAACGUUGUUCACCAGGACCCUUUCGCAGAGAGUGGUCUCAGCCUGAGCCCCACUGCAGCUGAAGCUAAGGAGAAGGCACAUGCAAAACGAGCAAAGAAACGGGCCCCUCAGAUGGACUGGAAUAAGAAGCAUGAAAUUUUCAGCAACUUUUGAAAAACAAAAAAUCAGCUUUUACCCUAUUUAAAAAUAAGAAUAACAUCAACAACCACAACAGUUGGUGUUUACAAACCUCUGGAAGGAAAAGAGGAGGAUUUUGGUUUCUUGUGGGACAACGUGACCUGACAUAUUGUUCCUCGCUUGCGCAUAUAACAAGUGCAUUAACAUGCUUCAUGUUUAAGAAACUUUGAUAAUUAAAACAUUGAUUUGUUACUUUCUUUAACUGAACUAUUUACAAAUUCGUGGCUGCGCUGUACAGUAAAUGUGUGUUUUUUUCAUUUUUGUUUUUUCAUAAAACAUUGAACUAUGCAUAGAGAUAUUAUUUGUCUGUCUUACUCAGAAGUGAAGCAAUUGGAUUGUGUUGAAAAAAGACUAUUGCCACAUAACUAUUAUGAUGUAUGUUUUCUCAUGUGAUGCUCGAGGCUUUGUAUCUGUUAUCGGCUUGAAGGGAAAGUGAACCACUAUGAAACACAGUGUUCAAGUUAAUUGAAAAGAAAGAAAAAAAAUGUAUUUUCUUGUAAGCUAAGACUGUCUUUCUUUUGUAUUAUAUAAUGUUGGUAUGUGUUUGUUAAACUAUUAUGUACUUAGUAGUUAUAGUAAGAAAGCAUUUUUAUAUUACUCAAGUCUAAAGAAACGUGUCCCCUUUAUGGUAAUAGGGCAAAGUCUGCAUAUUUGGAGAAUUUCAGAUUUUUUUUUGCAAAAAAUGCACAUAAAGAAAGCCAGCAGGUGCUUAAAGGUCCUCGUUUGGCAAAAGGUCCAAAUGAGCUCUUGCAUGUACUUUGCCUUGUGCUUCACAUAUGCCAUGCUGACGGGACUGGACAUGCUAGAGGUAUCAUACUGGUUUUGGUUUGUUUUUAUGGAAGUGUUAAACUGACCAGAUCUCACAUUUGAUGUUCAGGAAGGAAAGUAUAUUGCUUAGCAGUUUCAGAUGUCAUUUUUACCAUGAUUUUAAUCAGACACACCUGAACUUGUUGCCUAUCUAAAAAACCCUUGAUAUCUGAAGUUCUCCACAUGCCACACUCAGGCCCUGACAUGUUAAACGAUAUUCCAGAAUAUCCUUGCAUCCUUGCCACAGAUGAAUGAGGACAAUGUGUGUUAUCAAAGUCUUACACGUGGAUUAAACUGUAGGCAUUGGA